GACAAAUGACGUACUUGUGCACAUGCGCAGUACCUGUGGGCGGAGUUUUCCAGUCGGUCAGGAAGAGGAGAAAGGCGGACACAGAAACAUCAAGCGAUGGCUGCUAUCAGGAAGAAGUUGGUGAUAGUUGGGGAUGGUGCAUGUGGAAAGACUUGCCUUCUCAUCGUCUUCAGUAAGGACCAGUUUCCCGAGGUCUACGUCCCCACUGUGUUUGAGAACUAUGUGGCUGACAUUGAAGUGGAUGGGAAACAGGUGGAGCUAGCACUUUGGGAUACAGCAGGUCAGGAAGACUAUGACAGACUGAGGCCUCUCUCCUACCCUGACACUGAUGUAAUUCUCAUGUGCUUCUCUGUAGACAGCCCUGACAGUUUAGAGAAUAUUCCCGAAAAGUGGACACCUGAAGUGAAACACUUCUGCCCAAAUGUUCCUAUCAUCCUCGUGGGUAACAAAAAAGAUCUACGCAAUGAUGACCACACCAGACGAGAGCUUGCCAAAAUGAAACAGGAGCCGGUGAAACACGAAGAUGGCAAAGACAUGGCGAACCGCAUCAGUGCCUACGGCUAUCAAGAGUGUUCUGCCAAAACCAAAGAUGGUGUUAGGGAAGUCUUUGAGAUGGCAACUAGGGCAGCACUGCAGGCCAAGAAACGUGGCAGGAAAUCCAACUGCCUUCUGUUAUAGGCUCUGGAAGAAGAGGAAGCUGCCGUCAAGCACAGAUGGAAAGGGCGGCUUUCAUUGAGAUUUGACAGGGGAGAAAAUUGGGGUGGGCCCAGAAAAUACUUGUGUGUGCUCAAUUUCUUAUCACCCACUUAUCCUUAACAAAUUAAAACAGGUCUUAAAUUAUUUUAAAGGCUUUUACACGUUGGUCCUUGGUCUAUACAUUAGAGGAUGUGCCAAUUUUCUUCAGCCUAUCAAAAACUUUCAGAUCUAGAGGUCUGUAGGGCAGAUCGUUGGGGGGAGGGGGGUGAAUUGAAGUUGAGUAGAUGUAAACGGGGUUAAAAUGUGCCAUGAUGGGAAUGAAGAGAGAAAAGGUCCUUACCAGGCCAAAGAAAAUGGGGACAUGACAAUGAAAUACGGACAAAAGACAUAAAUAUUAAAUAAGUUUGAAUUAAGACGAUGUCUAAGUGGAUUUUACACAGUAUCGCCUACAUGUAGUGCCUUGAGAGCAGUGGUAAAGAAACGUAAGUUGUGGGGUAGGGAUUCAUAACUUAGAUAGGGUAUUAUUUUGUCAUUUGUAGUUAUCACACAUCACAUUUGUGAAUGCUUAUUCCCUGUCAUUGGCUUUGCUCCUUCAGGCCCAUAUUCUGACUCAGGCGCUAUGCAGGGGUAUGCCUAAACUAGAUUGUAUGAGUUGAUUUCCCAUACUGAAUUACUUACCUGUACUUAAGAGAGAGAGAGAGAGAGAGAGUGUGUGUGUGUGUGUGUGUGUGUGUGUGUGUGUGUGUGUGUGUGUGUGUGUGUGUGUGUGUGUGUGUGUGUGUGUGUGUGUGUGUGUGUGUGUGUGUGUGUGUGUGUGUGUGUGUGUGUGAGAGAGAGAGACUAACUGUAUGGUGGUUUGUUUUCUCCAGUGCAGGUUUGCAUGCAGUGAAUGUGUGUAUAUUUGUGUGGGUGCGUAUUAACAUAUGUGUCUAUGUACUGUAUGCAUGGGAAGGCCUUCUGCGUCACUGACCUAACCCCUUAUUUCCAUGCCAAAGUUACCCCUGAUGGCCACAUUUUAUGGCUCAGAUGGGUAAUGGAAUUAACAGCUACUCAGAGUGACAUAGAAACUUUCACUUUACUGGAAGACAUUGUAAUAUACCUAGAGGCACAAUCAGGUUAAACAUAUUAUGAGUUUUUAGGACCUUUUUUGUGUGUACCAGAGAUUCAUUUGACUGUGUUAAUCGGUGGGUCAAAUCUUGAGUGGUGUAGUUGAUAAGUUGAUAUUCUUUCAGAUAGAUGAUAGGCUUAUCUUAUUACUAUAAUGUCCAUUAUGUACUGUUUGUCUCACAAGGCUUUGUAAGGACAUGUUAAUGAUGUGUAUUUCAAGUCUGCCUUUUUUUCCAUUCUCUCCAUCCCUCCUUAAAUGAAAUUGUCAUUAUUGUACUAUACUUAUACUUUUUAUUGUUGAUGUCUCUAAUUUUCUUAGCAUAUUUUAAUCAUUUUACUUAAUCCUGCUGUUUUGAUCAGCUUAUGUCAGUUAAAUGAUCAAUUGUAACCGUAAUAUUGUUUUGUUUAGUUAAUUGAAGAUAAAGCUUGGUGUGCAAGGCUGGAAUGUUUUAGGGAUGGGCUCCUUUCUUGUUUAUCUUUUCUUUUUUUGUACUGUGACAUAUUAAGGUUUUUGUUUCUGGAUUUUUUUUCCAAAUAAAGCUGAUAUUAGGGA